AUGACCAAGUUCAUUUCUGAUAAUGCUAAGAGUAGAGUGAAGCGAUGGUUUAAGGGCGAUGACUAUGGAGAAAUAAUUAUUGACAAUAUUUCAUGCUUUGGACUUGUGCUAGAUAACGAAGCCUCAUUAUAUGUCACUGAUCGUUACCAAGUAAUAAAAUGGCCUAGUGGUGAAGUAGUAGCUGGCAACAAUAAAGAAGGCGGUGCUCUGAAUCAACUUGCAUAUCCGUUUCAUUUAUUCGUCGAUCAAGAUCAGUCAGUUUUCGUGCCAGACGCUUCCAACUAUCGUGUGGUCAAAUGGAUGGUUGGCGUGCACGAAGGUAUGAUUGUAGCUGGCAGCCAUGGGCUAGGAGAUGAAGCAAAUCAGACGACUUGGCCUACUUCAGCAAUCGCUGAUAAAAUAUGUACUGCUUAUGUUGCUGAAUGGGGCAAUCACAGAAUCACAUAUUGGUUCAAAGACUAUAAAUCUGGCAUUGCCAUUCUUGGUGACGAAAGAGGAAAGGAAGCAUAUCAACUAGCAUUUCCAACAAGUCUGACAUUUGGUAGACAAGGAAAUUUGUAUGUGGCCGAUCUUGGUAAUAAUAGAAUUCAAAUGUUCACAAUUGACAAAAGUUCCUGUCAUGCAGGUGAAUAUAAACAUUUUUCUAGUAAUUGA